AUGAUGCGAAACGCUUUACUCCGAUCUUCCAUGGCAGCAGUCGCCUCUUCUUCUGCUCGACCUGCACUCCGAUUAGCCGCCAGACCAGUAGUAGCUAAUGUACAAAUGAUCGGUCAAAGGAGAAUGUAUCAUGAGAAAGUCAUUGAUCAUUAUGAGAACCCAAGGAAUGUCGGAAACCUUCCUAAGAACGAUCAAGAUGUAGGAACUGGGCUCGUCGGAGCACCAGCUUGUGGAGACGUAAUGAAACUUCAAAUUCGAGUAGGGGAAGAUGGUGUCAUUUCCGAAGUCAAAUUUAAGACCUUUGGUUGUGGAUCAGCAAUUGCUUCUUCAUCAUACAUGACUGAAAGAGUCAAAGGAAUGACUCUAGAACAAGCUGGUGCUGUCAAGAACACAGAGAUCGCCAAAGAAUUGUGUUUACCUCCUGUCAAGCUCCAUUGCUCUCUUCUUGCUGAAGACGCUAUCAAAUCAGCAAUCAAGGACUACCAAACCAAGAGAGCUGGUAGACUCAAUGCUGCUGGAGCCACUUCUUCAGCGUCGAUCGGAUCUUCACCAGCCGUCGCCACUGCGUAG